AUGAGGCCGGAAAGUGAUCCGGGGAAGGUCAUAAAACUCGCGGUAGUUUUUGUGGACCACAACUUCGAAAACCGGGGACAAGAGCUUUUCAAAAUCGAUCAGAGCGCGUCAUUGAAUCCGCAGAUCCAAGAUGUUUGCAACAUUUGGAAAAUUGGAUCAGAGGAUGCGGAUGAUUAUGCCUUGCAAUUCGACGAAGAAAAAACACAGGAAACAAACGACCGAUACAUCACUGAAGCAAAUAGAGGAAACAUAAAGACGGGUUCAAUGCUGAAGUUGACACUGUCACCCGACAAGAUGAGCAAAAAAAUUGUUCACAUUUUAAAGGCACUCGGUCAGGUUGACGCGGACAGUGAUGGGGAGACUCUUCUGGCUCCAAAGGCUUUGGAAGAGAUGGUUAGGCUCAGCUAUGAUCCUGAAUUCAUCGCGAAGUUCAAUCAUUUGGACCUGAAUGGCCUUGAUAUUCUGAUGGACGCCAUUCAAACUGGUCGAGCUACGGAUAAAUACCUGGAACAGUGCUUGCAGACCUUCGUGAACAUGAUGACGGAAGGAGCUCGAUCAUGGGACUCGUUACCAGAUGCAUUAAUUAAAAAGUUGAUUAGUUUCUUGGAGAAGGGACUGAAGCACACGCCAAGUGCCGUUUCUCUCCCAGUUUUGACAGUUUUAGAGAACCUCAUCGUCUCUUGUCCGGAUAAAUGCGAACUGGUGAAAUCACGGAUUGCUUAUCCGACGUUAGCAAGUUUCCUAGCGGACUCGAAGUGCAAGAAAGUGCGUCAAGGCGUUGUCGCUUUGGUCAACGCUUUGCUAAGCAAAGCACAUACCGAUGAAGCACGACAGGAGAUCGGGAAAAACGUGUUUAUGAGCAUGAAGAAUGCCAUUUUGGAAGUUGUCAAUGAUUCCGGGGGUCUCCCGUGGUCGGAAAUGCUAGAUCACUUGUGCCAGUUGCAGAUGUCUAUUCUCAGCCUAUACGAAUCUCGUUCCAAGGUAGUUUGCGAUUUGGGAAGCAGUGAGGAUGCGGAAAAAAUCAAACAUCUACGUCGCGUGGCUUUUGACGAAGCGGGAAGUGGGAGCGGAGACCGAGAUAAAAGAAGAGAACAAUAUUCUUUGGGGUUCAGCGAUGAGAACGAGCCACUGAGAGAUUUUUGUUCUCCUCCUGGAAGACUUUACUUAGAUUGUCUCAAACAUUACGCUGACCAUCAUGAACGGCAGUUUGCCCGUAUGGCCAUAGAAAAUUCUUCAAAGGAUUCUGCAAAAUUCUCGCUGGUAGAAACUGGCAUAAAGCUGGUUGGUCUGUUGUUCGAUAUCCUUGAGAUCAAUUCAAAUCCGAUCUCAGAGGGCAACAUGAUAAUGAACCUUGGCUUGAGUCUGGCCAUGCAUCGAAAUUUCCAGCCUAUGUUCUUUUCCACGGAUCAUCCUUUCGAAGAAAUGUUUUCUAGAACAAUGGAUUUAUUCGGGCGAACUUGGAAAGAGAUGAAGGCAACUGUCCAGGACAUGGACAAGGUCAUGGACGUUGUUCGGGAGCAACUGGUGAGAGCUCUGUCACACACUCCAGCCUCAAUGAAUUUCACCCGAUUUUCGGAAACCCUGGAAACCCUGUCUUACGCUCAAAUAAAAGCCAUCUGGGAUCAAGAACGCAGCAUUCAUGAAGAGCAUGCGUCCCGUGCAGAACCGAUUCAGCAGUUACGUGAUGCUUUGAAGCUUGAAAUUGUCGGUCUCAUCGCAGAACAACGAACGCUAUUUUUAAUAGACGGAUCUCGCUUUAUCAAAACUUCUGGGCCAAGGCGUGGAAAGGAUAGCGUCAAAUCUUGGUUUUGUCGUUUGGCCCCCAAUCGAAAAUCUUUCCAUUACGGAGAUUGCAAAGAAGAAAAGGAUGAAGUUAUCCCAUCGAUUGACUACCUUCAGUCAAAAAUUGAGCUUGACCAGAUAAAGGAGCUGACAUUGAAAUGGAAGAAAGUUGGUCGAAUUGAAGCUGGCGCCGCCGUGAUGAUCAACAAAGAGUUGAGUGGCUCCAAACUGGAGUCAGUGGGCAGCGUUCUCGGACUCAGUUCCACAGACCCAUUAGACACAUUCGCCGGGAUAUGGUACCAAGUUUUUUUAUGGAACCUUUUCCUCAACUUCAUCGUGUACACGGGUGCAGGAGUAGCUGCAUGCGUGACCCUGCGUCGACACCCGCUGAUGCGUUUUUUCGGAGUGGUCAUCAUCGUCUGCGGGAUCCUGACGCCGAUCACUUUCGGGAUUGUGAACAGCUCUGUGAUUGCAUUCGUGUGUCGGACAGCGGAUCUGCGGGUCACACCCUUGUGGGCUUUAAUAUGCGGCGCCGUGCAGGUGUUGAUCGGCAUUGGCAAUUACUUGGAACUGUCAAUGGCUGACGACCACGCGUCGUCAAGUGUAUCCACGUCCAAGUCGGAAUUAGAGCUGAAGAUUUCACUGGGUGAAGAAAACCCCCCUGGUCAUUGCGGAGAUGUCGAUUUCCCACCUACUUCUUUGAAGAUUUCGAAAACUCUGCUGAAGGAGAUGGUGGAAGAGUUCGGAGAAAAUGUAGUUUUGAGCGAUGAUGCCAUGGAUAUGGCCGUUAUGUACCUGGAGAAAUAUUGUGAGGACCUUAUCUGUGCAGCCUGCGAUUCUGCUGCGCACCGCUGGGGACAUUCUUCAAAAAUCAUUGUUGAACAUGAAGAUGUGGCUGUCGUCGCGGUUUCGAAGCGUUUCAAGAGUCCGGAUCACAGCAAUUCUGUUGUGACGAAUUGAUUAAAUGCGGCGUCUUUCUGUUGGCUUCAGGCUGCGAAAUGUUUCUUUUUUUUUUCUUUUGUUUUGAUCGAAGUCGAAGGAAAAUUCAGAUGCGAAUCGGGUCUAUGAGUUUAUUCUCCGCAUUAUCUGCCGAAAAAUGGGCAAAGCUGAUGGUAAAUAUAAAUUUUUGCAAAGAUUCACGACGCGUGCAUACCAUUGGCAGUGCAGAAGAUAGUCGCUAUUUUAUCAUCGAUAAAGACAAUAUAGAUGCGUACAUGCUUUUUAAUCUAAUAAUGUCAGGGUUUUCGCGCACGUUGUGAGGCUGGAGGUUGCAAAACUUUUUUGUUGUCAACUGAUUUACCCAACGGCUUUUGUAGCAGUGGUCGAGGACCGAGAGGUUCCAGUCGUUUCCGAUCAAUCAUUAAUCGUGGUCGAGGAUUCAGUGGCACUUUCUCAGGUUCUACUUUAGGAAGAGGUGCUGGUCCCGGUUGUUGCUGCCGCUGGUGGUUGGAGCUCUGUUGAGGAUUUUGCGCUCGAAGCUUUUUAUCUUCUUCGUGUUUGGGG